AUGUCGACCGUGGCCCCUUUCACCCUCGAUGUCGCGACAUGUCUUUGCAUCGCAUUUGCCCUUUCCUUCAUGCCAGCUGCCUACAUCCUUGGCCGGUCGUUAAUCCCUUCCACUCACAUGCGAAACCGGAUCCUCUUCUUCUGGCACGCCUAUGACGCCCUCACCCACAUCUUCAUCGAAGGCUCAUUCCUCUACGAGUGCUUCUUCAGCUACACAUCCCUUCCCGCCGGCUUCAACCGUCCGCCCUACUUCCUCGAUCAGAAGGACCGCGUAUACGGAGCCGCAUACGGAACUCGUCCCAGCUCGCGACUGUGGCAAGAGUACGCGAAGGCCGAUUUCCGCUGGGCGGCCGCCGACGCCAACGUGAUUUCCCUCGAAUUGCUGACCGUUUUCCUCGGAGGUCCUGCAGCGUUAUAUGUCUGUUAUCUUCUGUGGAAGGCUUCCGGCAGCCGGACGAGUACCACGGCAAAGGGUUCCGCGAAGGCGAAGCUGUGGUUGGUGGCGCCCGCUCUGGCGACCGCUGAGCUGUACGGCGGGUUCAUGACAUUUGCGCCUGAAUGGCUUACGGGCAGCUCGCAGUUAGAGACGAGUAACCCGAUAUACCUGUGGUUCUACCUGUUCUUUUUCAAUACCCUGUGGGUGUGGGUUCCUCUGUGGGUGUUGUGGGAGGCUACCAAGGAGCUGCGCACCGCCUUUACCAAGGCUGAAGGUGCAGCUGAAGCUCGGAAGAGCAAAUAA